CCAGGAAGCACUUUCUGAUUUCUUUCUCUUUUAAACUCUAUUAUUUAAAGCCAGGGGUGUUAAAGUUAAUAAGUGUAUCUGCGCUAAUCGUGUUCGUGACACUAGCCGACACCUGAAGCACCUUCAACUAUAAUAGCUACUUCUUUGAAAGUCAAAAUGGCUUUGGCAGCUGCUCGCAGCAGGUCAGUCAUAUUCGUUAAACGUAAUAUUCUGCAUACUUUAAGGCAAAACUGUCUGUUGUUUUCAACUAAUGACACUACUCUAGCUGACCAGAGGAAACCACCUUCAAAUAAACAGAGGAGAAAAAGUCAUAAGAGACCUCCCUGGAAUGAUAACCUGUCCUGGGAGGAAAGGCUGGCUGAUGUGGUCACCCCUCUGUGGAGGCUGAGUUAUGAUGAGCAACUUGAGCUCAAGCAAAAGCAUCAGGAAAGGAUACUAUCUCAGCUCUCCAUGCAUCUCUCAGGUGAAUCAACACCUGUCAGAAGUAAACCCAGCUUCCCUGUCUUGUCUAUCCUGCCAUCACCUGUUAGGGAUGGCUACCGCAACAAGUCUUCAUUUUCUGUUAACAGAGGAGUGGAUGGAAACACAAAGACAGUUGGGUUUUACGUGGGCACAGGCAAGGAGAGAAACAUUGUAUGCAUCAAUGGAGACCACCUGCUCAACGUCCCAGAGAGGCACAAACUGGUAGCCAGAUGUUACCAGGAUUUUGUCCGCCUCUCUCCACUGGAGCCCUGCCUGCUGUUCCACACUGGGGGUCACUGGAGAGAGGUGACAGUGAGGACCAACACAGAGGGCCACACCAUGGCUAUAGUGUACUUUCAUCCACAGGCGCUCACCCCAGAGGAGGUGGCAGUCCAUAAGGCUGAGCUGGUGGAUUAUUUCACACAGGGGCCUGGAUCAGUCUGUCAGCUGGGCUCACUGUUCUUCCAGGAGAGCACCAUGACUCGAUGCACUCAUGAGGAAUCGCCCUACCAGCUCCUGCAUGGUCAGCCACACAUGUACGAGGAGGUGCUGGGCUUUAAAUUCCGUAUCUCUGUGGAUGCCUUCUUCCAGGUGAACCACGCAGCAGCUGAGGUGCUGUACAGCACAGUGAGAGACCUGUGCAUGCCAGACUCUGAGGAAGGUGGAGGCAGAACAAAAGUUGGUGGCACUCUGCUGGAUGUGUGCUGUGGGACAGGUGCCAUUGGCAUUAUUACGUCUCCCAGAGUGGACAGAAUUAUUGGGAUAGAGCUCUUAGGACAGGCAGUUGAAGAUGCAAGACACAACGCAGCUCUCAAUAAUGUGCAGAACUGUGAGUUCAUUCCAGGGAAGGCGGAGGUAGUGCUUCCUGGACUUAUGUCGCAGUUGAGCUCAGCAGGUGGAGGCCCUGUGGCAGCUGUGGUAAACCCUUCUCGAGCUGGCCUGCACCACAGAGUGGUCCGAGCUCUACGAAACCAACCUGCUAUCCGUAGACUGGUGUAUGUCUCCUGUAAACCGGAUGGGGAGGCUAUGAGGAACUUCAGGGAGCUUUGUUGUGCUCCUGACUUGCAGAAGAAACUCACAGGAGAGGCAUUUUCUCCAACGCUGGCUGUGCCUGUGGAUAUGUUCCCACAUACUCCUCACUGUGAAGUGGUGCUACUUUUUGAGAGGUAGCAGGUGGCUUUUGUUCAAAGGUAGGCUUCAACCUUCUAACACCUGUGGUUGCUUUAAAUUAGAAGCCUGGUGGAGCAUUGAA